GUAGCUUUCAUCGAACACUGAAAAUCUGUGCAAACGCAUGGUGGCGCUGCAGGAUAACAUCGGGGGAAACUGCACUGGAUGACGCGUUGGACACUUACCUAGGGCACACAAAGAGUUGGGAAGACAGAACAAGCUUUGAAGGGGCAAAUUAGAAGCUAUUCAAAGGGGGUUAAAAUCUUUAGGCCUCCAAUAAUUCAGUGGACAGCUGAGACACGUCUGCCAGAACAGCAAAGUGGAGCUGAAGCGAUUCUGCAGGAAGCCUUGGGGAAAGGAGCUAUGGAGAACCGCGGAAAAGGGACUCUUCGGAUCAGGCAAGUCCUCCUUUUUGUUUUGCUGAGAAUGUCUCAGGCGGAAUCUGAGCUUGAGCGCUUUUCUGUGGCAGAGGAAAUGCAGAGCGGGAGCCUUGUAGGCAAUUUGGCAAAGAACCUGGGACUGGAAGUGGGUGAGCUCUUCUCCAGGGGGGCUCAGGUGGUCUCUCGUGAUAACAAACACCAUUUGCAGCUGGACUUAAACACUGGGGAUUUGCUCUUAAGCGAAGCGCUAGACCGGGAGGAGCUCUGUGGCUCCACCGAGCCAUGCGUGCUGCAUUUCCAGGUAUUACUGAAAAACCCCUUGCAGUUUUUACAGAUUGAGCUCCAGGUCAGGGAUGUAAAUGACCACUCUCCUGUCUUCUUGGAAAAAGAAAUGCUCCUAGAAAUCCCAGAGAAUAGUCCUGUGGGCUCUGUGUUCUUGCUAGAAAGUGGGAAGGAUUUAGAUGUAGGAAUCAAUGCUCUAAAGAGCUACACAAUAAGCUCCAACUCUCAUUUCCACAUUAAAAUGAGAGUCAAUCCAGACAACAGAAUAUAUCCAGAGUUAGUUCUGGACAAGCCUCUGGAUUAUGAAGAGCAGUCGGAGCUCAGUCUCAUCCUCACGGCUCUGGAUGGCGGGUCCCCGCCCAGGUCCGGGACUGCCUCGGUGCGGGUGGUGGUCUUGGACAUAAAUGACAACAUCCCGGAGUUUGAGCAGCCAUUUUAUGAGGUGAAGAUUCCGGAGAAUAGCUUACUAGGCUCGCUGGUUGUCACUGUCUCAGCUCGGGAUUUAGACUCAGGAAAGAAUGGGGAAAUAUCAUAUACUUUUUCUCAUGCUUCAGAAGAUAUUCACAAGACAUUUGAAAUUAAUCAAAAGUCUGGAGAAGUUAGUUUAAUAGCAUCAUUGGAUUUUGAAACAAUUGAGUCAUAUUCAAUAAUUAUUCAAGCCACAGAUGGGGGAGGGCUUUUUGGGAAAUCAACGGUCAGAAUUCAGGUGCUGGAUGUAAAUGACAAUGCUCCUGAAGUCACUGUGUCAUCAGUUACAAGCCCAAUCCCAGAAAAUUCGCCUGAGACUGUAGUUGUGGUUUUUAGUAUCCGAGACAGAGAUUCUGGGGACAAUGGGAGGAUGUUUUGUUCUAUCCCAGAAGACCUCCCCUUCACGCUAAAAUCUUCAGGAAAGAAUUAUUAUACCUUAGAAACGGGAGGAACACUGGACAGAGAAAGUAGGGCCCAGUAUAAUGUCACCAUCACCGUCACCGACCUGGGGACACCCAGACUGAAAACCCAGCACAACAUAACCGUGCUGGUCUCCGACGUCAACGACAACGCCCCCGCCUUCACCCAAACCUCCUACACCCUCUUCAUCCGCGAGAACAACAGCCCCGCCCUGCACAUGGGCAGCGUCAGCGCCACAGACACAGACGCGGGCGCCAACGCCCAGGUCACCUACUCGCUGCUGCAGCCCCAGGACCCCAGCCUGCCCCUCCACUCGCUGGUGUCCAUCAACGCCGACAACGGCCACCUGUUCGCCCUGAGGGCGCUGGACUUCGAGGCCCUGCAGGCGUUCGAGUUCCUGGUGGGCGCCACGGACCGCGGGGCCCCGGCGCUGAGCAGCCAGGCGCUGGUGCGCGUGCAGGUGCUGGACGCCAACGACAACGCGCCCUUCGUGCUCUACCCGCUGCAGAACGGCUCUGCGCCCUGCACCGAGCUGGUGCCCAGGGCGGCCGAGCCCGGCUACCUGGUGAGCAAGGUGGUGGCGGUGGACGGCGACUCGGGCCAGAACGCCUGGCUGUCCUACCAGCUGCUCAAGGCCACGGAGCCCGGGCUGUUCGGCGUGUGGGCGCACAACGGCGAGGUGCGCACGGCGCGGCUGCUGAGCGAGCGCGACGCGGCCAAGCACAGGCUGCUGCUGCUGGUGAAGGACAACGGCGAGCCGCCGCUGUCGGCCAGCGUCACGCUGCACGUGCUGCUGGUGGACGGCUUCUCGCAGGCCUACCUGCCGCUGCCCGAAGCGGCGGCGGGCGCCGCGGCCCAGAGCGACCCGCUCACGGUCUACCUGGUCAUCGCGCUGGCGUCGGUGUCGUCGCUCUUCCUGUUCUCGGUGCUGGCGUUCAUCGCGGUGCGGCUGUGCAGGAGGGGCAGGGCGGGCUUGGUGGGCGGCUGCUCGGUGCCCGAGGGCCACUUUCCGGGCCACCUGGUGGACGUCAGCGGCACAGGGACCCUGUCCCAGAGCUACCAGUACGAGGUGUGUCUGAAGGGAGGUAUGGGGACAGAUGAGUUUAAAUUUCUGAAGCCGAUUAUACCCAACAUUCCGCCCCAGUGCCCCAGGAAAGAAAUAGAGGGAAGUCCUACCUUCCAUAACAGCUUUGGGUUCAAUAUUAAGUGAUCAUAAUUACCUGUCAUACCCCGAGUGUAUUUUGUUUUUGUGCCACUUCUAUGCCUAUCUUAUCCCUCAGUUUGUGGGUAUUUUAAAUUGUACUUGUUGUUAGUUCUAUAUUUUUGCAUGUUCUCCCUACCUUUACUUAUAAGUGAAUGUUUAUCAUUAUCUGUGGUUGUAAUGAGGUGGUCAUUUAUUCUCUAACUCAGGAGGUCUUCACUUGUAAUUAAUUUGCCUCCUUAAAUAAUAAUACCAAAUCACUGUUUGUUUCUGACCCUCUCUCCAAUUGAAUUUUUACCCACAAUUAUACCUAUGGUAAAA